GAGUGUUCUUGUAGCGUGUUCGUGGCACGCCCGUGAAUAAAGUCCGUCGCGAGGCGGGAUUAGCGAUCGAUCGUGCAGAACCGGACCGCCCGGCUGGUUCAUCGGGAGCAUGUCGACGACCAGCAAAUGGGAUUUGUCCCGGGAGGACAUAAAAGCCGCUGCCACGGACGAAAAGGAGCUGCUGCUGGAGCACGACAGCGAUCAGGAUGAAAAUAUGCUGUUCAAUCGACCGAGCACGUCUUCGGGAGAGACUCAGGCGGAUGGAAAGAUGGAUAGCGUUAGGUUACAAAUUCAGGAAGUGACGGAGGUGAUGCGAGAGAACGUUCAGAAGGUAUUGGAGCGAGAAGAGAGGCUAGAGGAUCUACAGGAAGCUAGCGAACGUUUGAACAUGGCUGGAAACGAAUUCAGAUCGACGGCGAAGAAAGCUCAGCAAAGGGCGUGGCUUCAGAACUUCCGAACGAGGAUUAUUCUCGUUACUAUGGCGGUGACAAUUGUCAUCUGCAUCAUUGUUCUGGACAUCACGGUGCUUUACCUGGUUCUCAGAUAGCAAACACGGUGUAGCGAGCUUCGAUCGUUCGAUUCCAGGCCGGAUAUCGCCUGUUCUUCGAAGUCAUCGCGAAAUUGACCGCAUCCUAACACAUCUCGAAACGUACCGUAACGAGUUUCUCCCUUGCAUAUUCCGACGCUUCUCAUUUGCUCGAUCGAUUUUGCACGAGUCUCACGUCCCACACACGCUUCGAUCCCGCCGUUCGCAUUCAACCAAAAAUAUACGCAUUAUUGGCGUUUUUAUUUUUCAGUAUCCAUCGCCGUGAAAUACUCGUGACCGAGGCCCC